AUGUCUUCUGUUGCCAAUCCAUCGCCCCAACCUAAUACGAAGCGGCUCGAUAUCUAUGGGCCACAUGGGUUACGAGAGUUCCUCAGAACUAUUUUGCGGAUCACACAAGCCUCUCUUUCUGGGAAAUAUGCCGUGCAUGAACUGCUUUCCGAUACCGACAUUCCUUAUCUUUGCGAGACCGCCGGCAUGCAUCCUAAUGAAACCAACGGGACCGAUUUUCGACCAUCGCUAGAUGGGUAUUGGAGAGGAAUAGCAGAGCAUGGAGAUUGGAUAGUUAGCGCAGGACCCAUUAGGCAUAGGGUGCCUUGCCUGGGGUACGUCUUUCAGGAGGCACCCGGCGCUGCAGCUUUCGACGUAUCGGAACAUCUGGAACCUCUUGAAAGAAAUGCAGAAGCGCUUGCUCAACAAGGAAUACGACACCCUCGAUCACUGCUAGGACAGCUCUUACGGACUCGAGAGAAUAUUGUUCUGCCCGAUGGGACGGUGAUAAGUCCACCCCCGUUGAAUGUCCCCGGAAGGAAGUUGGUGAUACUUGGUGAUACUUGUGAUCCAUGGGCCAUGAAAGACUUGUCCAUGGGUGCCAGUUUACUGGUUCACGAGGCAACUAACGCAUACAUCCCACUCGAAGUUGAUCCACGUGGCUCAGGAGGGAAAGAAUCCGAAGAAAGCGUUAGGACGCGCGCCGUGCAGCGAGGCCAUUCUACCCCGCAUAUGGCCGGCGAGUUUGCGCGAGCUAUCGGGGCAAAACGAUUGAUACUGAACCAUUUUGGCUCCAAGUUCGCGCCUCCGGUUAUGAAUUCCGCUUCGCACAUGCCAGUGGAAACUCCUGAGGCGGACAGGAAGUUACAGAUAGUAUUGGAAAUUCAAAAGCAAGCUAGUGUCGCUUGGGGUGGCGGAGAAGUUACAGCGGCAUAUGAUUUAUUAUCAAUCGAUGUAUCUGGGCAUGAACUAGACACCAUAUCUAAUCAGUAA